AAAUGCCUUACAUUCCCUGUUCUUCAAGAAAUAGGAGCAAAUAAGAGAAGAGUUGUUCGUCAGAUUCCAGAUGAGAUUGUCAACAAUCUUGAGCUGCAAGAUGCUGUGAGACAGGUAAAUAAUGAGAAACUUCACAUGACCCUGGGUUCACUUGACCCUUUAACCCCAUAAGUGACCAGGAAAGAAUUUCUCCUUACAAUAUCAGUACAAUAUCAAGCAGACAAGUGAUGAGAAUGAAGAAAAAUAUCAAUUAGGGGAUUAAUAGCUGAUCCAAUACCCAACUUCUCAGAACUGACAUCAAAAGAAUUGUUGGGCAGACAGUAAGGAGAAUUACUAAUGAGAUCUUGGGAGUCAAAGGGUUGAAAAAGUAAGUUAAUUACUUUCAAGCCCCUUUCAACUGAUUUAGUUUUUAUAAAAUCCAACUAGGUUCAUCAUUGGGAUUUUCAGUCAGCAGACUGAGUGUGGAAAGAAAUUAAAAUGUGACUUCUUUAAAUAUAAAUGUAUUGUAAGUUGCUCUCCACAAACUUGAAUCCUUUUCAGUAUGUCAUGAUGUCACUGAGGCCUGUAGGAUUGUUAUUUAAGAAUCAGAUCUUAUUUUUCAAGUUUAUUUUAAUUUUGCAGUCUGUGUACUAAAUUAACCAUCCUUGUCCAAACCUUUUUUUUUUUUUUUGCAACUUUUUUUUUUACAUAUAUUUGAAAUGUGAGGCAUUAACAAAGAGUGUGUUCUAGAUAACUGUUAUUUGUGUGGAAUGGUCAUCAUCAAAAACAGGUCACAACAGUUUAACCAACUAGCUACAAUUCAUUUUCUAUAUAUCAGAUUUUGCACCAAUAGAGAUCAGGGUAAAUAUUACUCUCUAACCGAGAUAAUUAUUCCUUUUACAACAGUUACCUCCUAACUACAAUUUUGAAAUCUUCAAGUCAGUGUGGAGGAGUUAAGAAAUAAAUGCUGAAAGAAGUAAAUAAGCCACAUUAGUUGUUAAUUUUUGUUUGUGUCUUGUUCGUAUGCAACACACUUGACUCCACCUUAUAAUACCUUUCUCCACCUGAGUGCAAAGAAAAAAAGAUGAAGUCGUUACUCUAGCCAAGUAGCCCUGAUUCAAGAGGAGCUUAUCUGGGUUUUCAUAGCAUGAAGCAACAAGGAGUAUUACAACUCCCCCCAGAUGGAAUGCUGGUCCAUCACUAGGUUACUCCCAAGCAUUUUAUCAGACUUCCCUGACAAUUGGCCAGUAUCCAUUCAUACUCCUGGGUAGAGAGAUGCAUUGUGAGAAUGAAGUGUUUUGUUGAAGAACACAACAGAAUGACAGCACUAUAACCAAUAUGCUACAGCAUAAUGGCAUCUUCCAUGAGUACAAAAGAAAGGGUGAGGUGGAAAUGCAGUACUCCUUAUCAAUACAUGCUAUAGAAAUCAUGAUAAGCUUUAGUCCCUCUGUCAUUUGAUCUUGCAUGCAGACCAUGGCUUUCAAAUGUUGCCAUGAAAAAAAUGAAAAAAUAUGAUGUCAUCUUCAACCACAAUAGGCAUAAAUCAAUGUCAGUUUCAUGUUCUGUUUUUUUUUUCUCAAUCAUCAGUGGCAUUACAGUUUCCUGAAGGACAGCAGACAUUUUAGAAAG